CUUCUUCUGCUAUAUAUUGAAUACAUAUCUUGAACUAUCAAUAACAUAUGAUAUAAUGUUAUGCAAACUAACAGAUACUUCUUCUUAAUUACAGCUCAAAUGGCAGUCGGUACAAAGUUCCACAGUACUCUAAAGAACUACUUCACACAGCCGCGCAGCCAACUACGUAUCGAAAAGGAAGUCGAAGGUGUUUGGUCGUCUGUUGCUGAUGUAUUGAAGAGUAUAUCCUCUCCCAAAGCCAUAGAAUCCAAUGUUGUUCACCCUGACUUGAAGUAUAGGGGAAUUUUUGAUGCUAUUGCUGAUUACGAGGACAAACCAACUCUCAUCGAGUGGAAAAAAUCCGACAAACCUCGCAAGUCAAUCCUUCUCACGUACGACAAUCCUGUACAACUGGCGGCGUAUUUCGGGGCAGUGUCCAACGACUUGAACUACAAGCAUUUAAAUGUACGAGAUGCCUUAUUAGUCAUUGCUUACACGGACGGUUCAAAGGCGGACGCGUAUCAUUUGACGACAGACAAACUGAGGGAGCAUUGGGCGCAAUGGUUGAUCCGGCUGGAGGAAUACAUGCGGAAGUAUGGCAAAGACGGGGAGAAGAUUCUGCAAGGUGGUAAAAGAUUGUUUGAAGAGGAUAUUGAACAUCUCUAAAUAAUUACGUGGAGAUAAAGAUAUCCAUCAGAGCUGCCACAAGCAAGCACCGAAACUUAAUGUCUAAGAAAUCGAACAAAUAUGGUGAACAAAUUCUAAAAUGUGUUAUAACGAAAAGUCGAAUGAACAAUGUUCAUAGUCGAAAGUGGUAACGAAAUAUAGAUAGGGUAGAUAUUUGAGUAAUUCAGUAAGUUAUUUGUUACAAUUCGGAUAAGUUGUCAUAAAGACUGGUUAAUUGUUCAUUGAUUCGAUGUUAAAAUAAGGGAAACCUUACAGUCUUAAAGCGGCGGGUUUCCAAAUUGUCUAUAGUCUCCUUAAAAUGUUGUGGUACGGUGAUUCACGAACUAGUGUUCACUACGUAGUUUCCGUGGCAAGUUUUAUUAUUUUAGUAGUAGAUUUAAUAUACUUGAAUAUUUAAAUAAUAAAUAUUACCACUGAAAUUAAGUAGUGAACACCAGUCCGAGAAUGACCGAUUAAUUACUACAUCUUUACAUAGAUAUCUGUCUAAUAUAUUUUCGCUAAGUUUUAUCUUAUCUUGUUUAAAGGGAAGUAAUGGACAAGAAGUAACGGUACAAUGAUAUUAUUCAAGUCUUUUAUAUUGUUCUUUAAUUAUAUUCACAUGUAUUGCUCCUUGUCGUCAUAAGACUGCAGAUUAUUACAGUGGUAAACGCCGAAUACGAAAUUGGUACUUAUCCGUUUUCUGCAGCACGGAUCGUCACGAAGCACACUCAGUGCUCAUGUAUAAAGUGGAGCUCGUUUACAAAAUUUUUUCUAAAUUACUAAUUGGUGACCGUUUUCUGGCCGCCGAAUGUUACAGCAUAGCUGGAAGGAAGGCCGCCCAGUCUCCUUAUAAUUAUACCACCUGCAAUAGUGUCCAAGUGAAGCGCUAAAAUGGACCUCGUUAACUGUUACUCAGAUUCUCACACGGUUCUCACUUGGAGUACCAUACAGAUCAAUUUACAAUAUUGAUACACAUAUUUGGACGAGCACUCAGUAUAUGAAGUUCUUUAAAUGAUUUAGCAAUUCUGCGUCCCCUUUCAGUGCAAAUGCCAUCGUCGGUUUUACAAAAUGUAAUAAUAAUAUUAAUUUGCUUUUGCUUCAUUGUCUUCAACAAUUUGAUUGCCUUCCUUUCGAUUACGUCUAUGCUUCAGAUAAUUUUAUUUUAUGCCAAAUAAUAUUAAUACCUAGUCAGCGAUCGUUCUUAGAAUAAAGUAUCCAUUUACAUGUAAUAAAAAUAUAAAGAACCGUAGCAUUUUUCUAACUUUCCGAACGUAAGUUUAGUAAAACGAAUUGCCUGUUUGUAUUCAUUAAUAGAAAAUAAUUCGCAAAUGAAAUCAAACACUAUCGCAACUUAAAUUGUGGAAUCGAGAAAAAACUUCAAAAAACUUCAAAAAACUUCAAAAAAUUACUGAACGAAACCAAUACAUUUAAAAUAUUUCUAAAUUGCACACACAUCAAUCAUCAC